AAAUGGAGGAUACCCUGCUGAGGUCAGUUUAGUAAAUGUACCUGACACGAAAAGAGUGUCAAUGCACCGACUACAUUCAUGCCUUGCACAGUUAAGAAAGCAGGAGAAAUUUUAUUCCCCUGAUUGUCUCCGUCAGCAACCACCGCAUACCAGUUCUGGAAAAAGAAAUAGCAGCACACCAUCCUUUCCUGCUGCCUCUUCCUCCUUUCAUUCUUAUACCCUCACCCAACGCAAAGCAAUGGAGAACGUACAGCUUGUUGUUAGCAUCAUUGUCAUUGCAGUUGCAGAACCAGAGGGAGGGGGAGGAGGACGAGGACGAAGCAAAGGAAAGGAAGGCAAGGAGGAAUCGCCGGAGGUGGCAGAAUCAUGGAUUGCUGCAUCUGCAGCCCAAUGGCCACCAUGUACAGGCUUCCGAGGAAUUCUGUCUGUGCUCCUUGCCAUGAAGGUGCCAAGGCCAUCAUCGGCUUCCUGAACAAGGAUGAGGAGCAAGAAGAUGGUGGCCAUGGUUCAGUCAACUCCCACGCGCCAUCGAAGCUUAACAGCUCGAACAAGGGAAUGAGAGAUGCAUGGGAGCAGGUGAAGGAGAUGAGAGACAGGGCGGAGGAGACCAACCAGCGAGCCGCCUUCCUUGAACACGGCUUCGCGCUGGCGUGGAAGGAGGGAAUCCACACCGACAUCGUCGUGAAACCUGGCACUGGGGCCCCAAUUCCAGCCCACAAAGCCAUCCUGGCCGCGAGGUCGGAGGUAUUCCGGCACAUGCUGUCCGCCGACGAGCACUGCAAGGCCCCCGCCGCCGACUCCUUCUCCCUCCCUGAGCUCUCCCACGACGAGCUCUCCCUCCUCCUCGCCUUCCUCUACACCGGCGCCCUCGACCAGGACCUGCCGGAGCGCCACCUGCACGCGCUUCUCGUCGCCGCCGACAAGUACGACAUCCCGUUCCUGCGGCGGGCCUGCGAGGCGAGGCUGGCGGCGCGCGUGGAGCCCCGGAACGUUCUGCGGACGCUGGAGGUGGCCGAUCUGAGCUCAAGCGCGGUGCUCAGGGAGCGCGCCAUGGGCACCGUGCUGGAGCACGCCGAGCAGGUGGUGUUCUCGCCAGAGUACGAAGGCUUCGCCGUCAGGAACGCGGCGCUGUGCGUGGAGAUCACCCGGGCGCUGCUGAACAAGAUGUCGACGACGACAACUAAAUCGAUCGGAUCCCCAUCAUGCAUAGAUCAGGAUGUAAACAGAGCCCUUGCUUAGUUUUGACUUUCCAUGCAUUGCAACGCACAGCUUGCGCUCCAAGGACAAAUAAUGGCAAAGUUCAGGUUUAUUCUUUCAUGCUCUUCUGUAUGCAAUGCAACCGAUAAGCAAUCUGUUACUCAUCGCCAUCAUCGUUCAUGCAUUUGCU